UUCGCUCCUUUGGUACAGAAGAUAGACCAACUGAUAGACCUAUACCACCUCGUGAUGAAGUCUUUGAGUAUAUUAUAUUCCGUGGCAGUGACAUUAAAGACCUAACUGUUUGUGAGCCACCAAAGCCUCAGUGUUCUUUGCCACAGGACCCUGCUAUUGUUCAGUCUUCACUAGGAUCUUCGACUACAUCUUCAUUCCAGUCUGUGGGGUCCUAUGGUCCUUUUGGCAGAAUGCCUGCAUACAGUCAGUUUAGUCCAAGCCCGCUGGUGGGGCAGCAGUUCGGUGCUGUGGGAGUUGCAGGAGGUUCUUUAACAUCUUUUGGAACAGACUCUUCAGCCAGUGGUAACAUGUCCCAAAGCACUGCAGUUGGUUCUGCAUUUACAACAGAUGCAAGAUCACUAAAAACACAGAUGUCUCAAGGUCGUUCAAGCCCUCAGAUAGAUCAUUUGAGAAGGAGCCCCACCAUGGAACAAGCAGUACAAACAGCUUCAGCCCACUUGCCUACACCUGCACCAGUUGGGAAGAGGAGUCCUGUACCAGCCAGACCUUUGGUGUCUGCUAGCCAAAAAUUGUUAGAGAAUCAAGAGCACAGACGAGCUGAAGCACACAAGGUUUCAAGAUCAGAAAAUGAACUCAGAAAUGAAAACAAACGACAAAUUGUCCCAGGUGGACCUUCAGCACGGAGAGGCCGUGGAGGUCACAGAGGAGGCCGAGGAAGAUUUGGUAUUAGGAGGGAUGGUCCAAUGAAGUUUGAGAAGGACUUUGACUUUGAAAGUGCAAAUGCACAAUUCAACAAGGAGGAAAUCGAUAGAGAAUUUCACAAUAAACUUAAACUAAAGGAAGAUAAACUCGAGAAACCCGAGAAGCCUGUAAAUGGAGAAGACAAAGGUGACUCAGGUGUUGAUACCCAAAAUAGCGAAGGGAAUGCGGAUGAGGAGGAUCCACUUGGGCCCAACUGCUACUAUGACAAAACCAAAUCCUUCUUUGAUAACAUCUCCUGUGAUGACAAUAGAGAACGGCGACCCACCUGGGCUGAGGAAAGAAGAUUAAAUGCUGAGACCUUCGGAAUACCACUGCGUCCCAACCGUGGCCGUGGAGGGUACAGAGGCAGAGGGGGAAUUGGCUUCCGAGGUGGAAGAGGACGAGGAGCUGGAAGAGGUGGCUUCACUGCCCCCCGAGGGUUUCGUGGUGGAUUCAGAGGAGGUCGUGGAGGCAGGGAGUUUGCUGAUUUUGAAUAUAGGAAAGACAACAAAGUUGCUGCAUAGUCUACAAGACAGCUGAAACAGAGUGAGCGUCUCGACCUUCUUGAUCCAGAGAAUUAGUUUCAGUCUCUGCAAAGAAUGAAGUUAAUUUGCUGUAUACUUGUCACCAGCACUGGGAUUUAACUAUUUAAUUUCAAAGGGGUGUAAUGCAGUUGCUUUUGAAAAAUGGUCAUCUUUGAAAACAGUGAGCAUUAAAUAUAUUUGAGACAGAAGGAUAAGUAAUUUCUUAUGUAUAGUUAAUUAUAAAGCAGUACUUCGAUGGAGUUUAAGUAUUUUUUCAUCACUGAAAGGAUUUUUCUUAUUACUAAACUAUUUGAUAAUUGCUUCAAGUUGUAAGGACAAUUGUAUGCAGAAGGCCGUCGAUACUGUGAGUGUUUUGAUCCACUGAAGGUUGUUUUUUGGAAAUCCUGUAAUAUCCCUUUUGAGAUAGUUGUACUUUUAUCAACUAGGGUGCUGGACAGUAGAAAACUUGCUUUGUCAGUCAGAUAUGUACACACAGUAAAUACUGUUUCUUAGGCAAAGGAAACUUUUUAUAUAGUUGUAAAAUUCCAUUAUAUCCCAUUGCCAAAGAAACAUUACAAAGUUUGUAUAGCUGUAUAAAAAGCAACUAAUUUUUUAAAGAAUAAACAUUUUUAAGUCUGCAAA